AUGGACAACUUUUUGCUGAUACUUGGAUUAACAACAAGUUUAUUUUUUUUUAAAGAAUGCCAAUGUGAAAGAAACUUGUUUCCAAAUCUUCCUGUAGGAGAGUUCAGGUUUAAAUUCAAAGUGGCUUUCAAAUGUAAUACUAGUACAAACUAUAAGAUUGACUUGAAUCUUCAUCAGAGUAAAGUUUCUAAAAAUAAAAUAUUACUAGUGGGUAAUAUAGACUUACAAAUUCCAUUUGAUGAUUUAUUAUCCGCAGACGUAAACGUAGCUGUGAUGGAUAAAAUAGGUGGUUGGAAAGAUAAUGCUUUUAUUUAUAAUACCAAAAAUGCUUGUUCCACAAUAAAAUCAAAAUGGAAUGAAGGAUGGAUAGUUUUUAUAAAAAGUUCAAAUAUUUCUGAUAAUUCAUGUCCAAUUAAAGCAAAUAAUUAUGUCGUGAGUAACUUAGAUGUAGAUGAGUUUUUUGUAAAACUUCAAAAAACAAACAUUUUUGUUCCCAAAACAUUUUUCUAUGGAUCUUAUAAACUUCGAUUAGCUAUCAAAAGUACAGGCAGUAGCGCAAUUGUCGGCUGCUUGAUUAUCAUUGUUGAUAUUGUGAGACCAUGGGAAUAUUUUUAA